AUAAUAAUGAUAAAAAUAAAAGUGUGGAGUGUAUGAAUCUUAGUUUGUUCUUGUUAUACCAAAGAUGAUGAAGAUGCCUUCUUUUCUUCAUUAUUCCUUGCCUCCUCCUCGUUCAUUCUUCUACUUUUGCUUGCUUCUUCUUCUUCCUCUUUUGCUCUUGCUACUACUCUUUGUAGCACCCUCUUCUUCAUCAUCAUCACAAGACAAUAAUAAUAAUAAGGUAACAUUGUCACUAUACUAUGAGAGUCUAUGUCCCUUUUGUGGUGACUUCAUAGUCAACCAUCUUGUCAAGCUCUUCCAAACAGAUCUUAUCAACAUUGUUAAUCUCAGAUUGGUGCCUUGGGGUAAUGCUUGGCUUGCACCUGAUGGCACUUUUCUUUGUCAGCAUGGAAAUGAUGAAUGCUUUCUGAAUACAAUUGAGGCCUGUGCUGUUACAGUAUACCCUAAUGUGGCACAACAUUUUAGAUUUAUACACUGCAUAGAGAAUCUGACCUUAGAGGGAAGGCAAAACCAAUGGGUUAAUUGCUUCCAAAUCACUGGAUUGGCCAAAUUACCCUUGGACUGUUAUACAAAUGGCAAUGGCAAAAAUAUUGAACAAAAGUUUGCUCAGGAAACUACUCAGCUUAAUCCACCCCAUAGAUUUGUUCCAUGGGUAGUUGUCAACAAUCAAGCACUUCAAGAGGACUACCCUAAUUUUGUGAAGUAUAUUUGCAAGGCUUACAAGGGCAAGUCAAAACCAGAUGGUUGUAGAUCACUUUCAACAAGAACUUAUGAUAUGAUGAAGGAUGGAAACAAUUCAUUUCAAAAACCGGUUUGUUAUGUAGGUCAUGUGAAAAAUCUGACACUACCAUAGUGACUGCUCAAAAGACCAAGCAGUAAAUAAAUCUCCAUGAAAGUGAUGUUGGAAUUUUGGUUUGAUUUAUGUACUUCUUAUACAAGA